GCCAAAAAAAUAAUCAAAAGGGGGUGGUGAAAGAUGGCACUUUUGGUUCCAUCAAUGGCAACUACUCACAACCCUCUUGCAUUUGCUACAAAGACUCUUGGUUACAACAAGGCUGCAACAAUGAGGGGUGGAAGCAGCAAGAGAUCAACAACCACAUCAAGCAUCAAACUCCUGACCAAUGUCGAAAAACUGCGACUGCUAACGAAAGCGGAGAAAGCCGGUCUACUGUCGGCAGCCGAGAAGUUCGGUCUUUCCCUAUCGUCAAUCGAGAAACUCGGUCUGCUUUCCAAGGCGGAAGAGCUGGGAGUCCUUUCGGCCGCCACCGACCCAUCGACGCCAUCGGCUCUCUUGACCUUAAGCUUGGCCCUACUGGCUUUAGGUCCUUUUUUAGUGUUUUUGGUACCUGAAGACUACCCCUGGGAAAUUGGCUUGCAGGUGGUGGUUGCUCUUCUUUCUGUUGUUGGUGGCUCUGCAGCUUUUGCAGCCUCAAAUUUUGUGUCAAAUUUGCAAAAAUCCAAUUGAAGUCACAGACAUUUGUGUGUUUUUAUGAUCAUAUGUUUUGUAUACAGUAUCAGAAUGGAUUCUCGAAGUUUGUAGAUUG